GUCCCUCUCUCCCCUACGCCCUCGUCAAGACUUACACCCGGACACAAUUUGCCUAUCGCAACCAAUUCGCUAGGAGUGGAAACCAAUCCAUCAUCAACAAACAGACGUACAAUAGCUGUCCCUCUCUCCCCCACGCCCUCGUCAAAAUGUACAACUGGAACAGAUAACUUCGUAAACCCCUUAGCUAACUCAAUCCCGAAGGCUUCGCUAGGGGUUGAAACAAAUCCAUUGUCGAUAAGUAAACGUACAAUAGCGGUCCCUCUUUCCCCAAUCUCCUCCAAACUAACCAUACGAGCUCCCGACCUGCCCAGCCCUCUCAUCACCAAGUCUGUCCAGACCUUCUACUUUCCAGGCAGAUCCGUAGAAACCGUCACCAGCCACACAGAACUUCCGAAAUGUGAACCUGUUCAAAUCAUUGCCAAAAAAAGUAAGAGCCUUAACGAUUUUAGACUAAAAAGAGACUUCAAAAGUGAGAUCAUAGCCUGGCUUGAUGAUAACAGUGAUCCUACAAUUAAAGAAAUACAAGAUGUUGUGUUGAGGAAUUUAAAGUUUAGGUUACAGGGAGUACCUGUAACUGGAGCUCAGAAGAUUAAAGUGAAGAUAGGUAAUUGUUUAAAGUCUAAAAAAAGAGUUUCAAUAGAGCCAUCAAGUAUUAAACUUAAUACAAAGGAACCUAUUAACUCUACUCAAAGCCAAUGUGCAAUGAACCUCAAAGACUUUGAUAAGAACGAAUUUAAAGACGCUGUAGACGAAUGGUUAAAUAACGUGUCUAUAAAGAAACUUCUAUCAAAGCCAGUGGAAAAAGAACAGAAUUUAAAUAACUUUGUUGACAGAUUAAAAUAUUUAGCAUUCGUAAAAUCUAAACGCUGCAGUGAACAGACGAUGAGAACCGAGAUUUUGGGAAUUCUCGAUGAGGUACUAAUUGAAGUCAAUGCUUGUGAUAAGGCAGCUUUCCUUAACAAACUUACAGACACUUUGAUGUGUAAAUUAGACGAUAUUUUGCUGGGUAAAACAAAAUCAAAAAUUAGCACGUGUAAUGUUAGUAUCGAAUCCAAUACAAAUUUACAUCAGAAUCAAGUGACUGAAAAAGGAAUUAAGGAUUUUGUAGUCAAGGAAAUGAUAGAAGAUUUACAGACUCAAAAAGUUCCAAAUCCGGAAUUAAUAAAGCAAACAAUAGUAGAUUUAGUAGAUAUUUUAAAAGAUUCGGUAAAUAAUAACAUUGGAUUAGAAGAAAUAGCUAAUACGCUUCAUAAUGCCACAAAGUUUGCAACUGAAGAAGCUUUUCUUAAUGCUGCUCAACGAACGGAGAAACGUAGAAAAAAGUUUACUAAAAGACAACCAACUAAUUUCAGUGCACAACCAUUAACUGUUUUUAUGGUUCAGAAUUUGUCACGAAAUUACAUUUCUAAAAAAUCAGGCACAAAAAUGUCUCAACAAAGUAUUGGCUCGAUCAUGGAUAGGGAUAUAGAGGAAAGUUUAAACCGAUAUAGAACACAACUUGCUCAGCAGAUAGACCAAUGGCUUUCAGAUUUAGCAAUAUUAAAAGCAGAAGAUACAGAUUCUAGAGAAGUAGUAGUACUUGACUUAGCCAGUGAUAUAGUUGAAAGACAAAAAUAUUUAGAGUUUAACAAAAAUAAAACCUCAGAUAUAGAAGAACUUGAACAUUUAAAGUAUGUAAUAUUUAAAUGGAUGAAAAGGUAUGCCGGUGAAGAGAAUAUGGAAACUGUACAUCAUGCUGUAGAAUUGAUGGAAAUGAUAAGGAAUAUACCAGUACCAAUGUUGAGCAGAUCCCGAGACCUAUUAAAAAAAUCUAGCAGUUAUUUAUGUUGUAAAAAGGCUAACUGUGAACCUGGUACUUCCACUGACACUAGUAAAGAUAGUGUGCAUAAUUCUAGAUCGGAUUCUGGUAUACAUAACCGUAGAGAGUCAUUAAGUUCAGCACCUUCAUAUAUUGUGAUAGAUAGUGUAAACGUAACACGAAAGAAACAUCAAAAUGAUUCUAUACUUUCAAGCUAUGUAGUACAUAACAUUACCAAUAACACAAGUAAUAGAAGAGAUAAAUUAAGAGGAGAAAUAAAGAAGGAAGAUAUACCAUCGAAACGAAAUAGUUCAAAGAGUAAGAAGAAGUUUAACAAAACACAAGAUUCAAGCAACGCUUCUAAGGUUUUUGUCUCUUGCGAUAGUGUGAAUGAAGCGCAAAAUGAAAAUGAUGGUGCCAACAAUAUUAAUCCUGAACCAGGACCCUCAGGGUCAGUGACUCGAGUACCUUCUCAUUCAGGUAAGCCAUCAAGUGCGGUUGCCCAACUUAUGGCAGAGUGGCGACCACAUCCAGUGUUCACUCCGCCACCGCCUGGACGACCACUACUCGAUCAGGUACACGAAGAAUUUAAAGAAUACCUCAAGAACUGGUGUCAACAAAUACCGAUACCUGCCAAUACUUGCGGCGAGAUUGAAGUAGCAGAAAAAUCUAGAUUAGGUAUUUUAAAUGGCAUUUGGAAAAUGAUAACGAAAUUAAAAACACAACCGGCGGUGUUUCAGAACAAAUUUUACUAUGAAGAUGUAUUAGGGAAAGAGAUAGAUGGAUUAUUAGAUUGUUUACCGCAAUCACAAGAGUUACAGGAAAAAAGGUACGUCCUUAAAUCGCAACUUCUCGAUAAGAUAUCAGAUAUGAAUGAUUUGAUUAAAGAGAUAGAAACGCCUGAUAAUUAUAAGGAAAUGGUAGCACAGAAAGCUGAACAUAUAAAAAAUCAGAAAUUAAGGAAAAUCGUCAGGUUAGACCGCGAGCCUCCAACGAAAAUAUUUGAAGAACUGCUCAAGUACUGUACUCUAGACGAUUUCUUAACGGAAAAUGAUUAUAAGGAGACCGAUCAAAUUUUAGAAAAAGCGUAUAAAAACAAGUUAUUGAAAACGAUCCAGGCGUACAUGGAUGAACUUAAGAAAGCUCAUGGCAAAGAAAUAGAAGAACUUUACGGUGUCUAUAAAGAAAGUGAUAUCUUUGAAAAACUUAAUAAAGUACCCUUGCCUACAGAAGACGAUAUAAAGGAAAAUGCUGAUGAAAUUCUUCUAGGGCUUGAAAUUGAGCAAUGGAUGAAAGAUUUACCGAUAAUUAAGAACGACGAUAAAAAUGAACAGCGUCAACGUGCAAGAUUAAGGGAUUCAUUGACGAAAAAAAUACACGAAGUGGGAAAAAGAGUCAGCAUUUCUGAUUGUUGCGGAAAUACCCAAGUAAGGCAUGAGAUUUCUUACUUUCUAGAUAUGGUUCCACUUGAAAAAGAUCAAGAUUUGAACAUCAACAAUAUGGUUGACGAGCUAACCAAUAGAUUAAAGAACAGACAUGGCCCUGGCGGUAGAAGAAAAUCAGUUGCAUUCCAAGAUGGGAGUCGAUUACUAAACAGAAGUGAUUAUACGUUCGGAUCUCCAGCAUCAGAUAUUUACUCGCCUGAGGAUAAAUGGGCAUUCCAAGGCGACGAAGAUGCUCAAUAUAAAAGCCUUUUCCAAAAUCCUCCUCUAUGCUCCACUAGAAUUGAAGCUCCACAGCCAGGCGAAUGGGACUUGGGUGACGAUCAAGACGCUCAAUACAAAGCCAUGUUUAAAGAUGGCGUGCCAUGUUCUUCUAUGAUCGAGCCACAAACUGGCUAUGGCCCAGGCUCACCUAUGCCAUCAGAUUUUCGCCAUUCAUAUGAUCAAGCGCAACAUUUUGAUUACCCUCCGAGGCAAUUCAAUGACAGCGCUCGAAGAGGUUCAUUCGAUUAUUCUCGGCGAGGUUCAGAAGAAAGAUACCAAUAUCCCGACGUGAUGGGAUUCCAAAUGGCGCCUCGUCCAGACCCUCAAUCACCAGGGUUCUACGGCAGUGCAGCAGCAAUGCCUAACGUUCCACCAGACAGCCAGUUCCAAUCGUUACAUGGAAGUAGUAUGUCUGGAGCAGCUCAUCAAGCUCCAAGAAUGACGGAACAAUUCAAUCAAUCACGGGGUGUAGGAUGGGUACCGCCUGAAGCAUCAGGUUUCGUAUCGAUGCGUGACGAUGGUCCACCCCAAAUGUUACCUCCACGGCAGCGUUUCUCAAAUGAACCACCUGCAUUUUCGCAUCGAUCUCAAAUACCAUCACAAGCAGAAAGAUCUGUAGCCCAAGGUUUUAUACCAAUGACAAGCUACGGACACAGGGAGCCACAACGAUUUAUGUCAAUGCCUAGCCAACCAGCUGAAAAUCAGCUUCCUGGUUUCCAUUCAUUUCCUCCAAAUGAAUUCAUGCAACCACAACCUGCGGCGUUUAUUCCCGAUGAUUCUCGUUCCUCAAGAAGAUCAAAACCACGAUCAAAUAUUGAUCCUAGUAUGCGACAAGGAUUACUGGAAGACAACGUUGAAAUUGAUCACAAUAUGAUACCACAGGGACCAUUUGAUGUAUCCGUUGAUGUCCAUGAAGCUCCUCGUCCACAUCGGGAGCUAUCGGUUGAUGGAGCAGAUCCAUUUGUGUCCAUAGUAAGCCAACAGCGACCGAACGAGCCUUUGAGAACUCGGAACAGAUCUGUUCGGCAACCGACCCAAGACCAACCUUCUAUAAGAAUUACUCCGGCUCGAGAUCGAACUGAUAUAGAUAAAAUUCAGGAGGCACAAAGCAGGAGCGCCCACUUGUCUCAUAUUCAACAAGAAAGAAUACAAGCACUAAGUCGCCAAUCUUCACGUCAAGCUCCAACCAAUAGAAUGACUGAAGCCAGCAGAGAACCCUCAUCACAGAGAGCUAGAUUAUUAGCUUCAAACGCGCUUUCCUCAGAAAUAAGCAACCAGCCAGCCUUUUAUUCAACUCCAAACCAACGAAGCAAUCCACCACCUCAUAACAUUAGAGAGCGUCGACAGUUAGAAAAAGAAAGAGGUCCAGCUAGGCGACUUGAUAUGUAUGCAGAAGAGGCUGACGAAGGUGAGGAAAGGUGUCACUGCCGGCAAAGAUUUAAGCAAUGGACGGGACAUAAUUGCCAGACUUGUGAUGAUUGUUUACAAGGAAGAUUCUAUCCUUAUCCGUACCCGUAUCCGUAUAUGUAUCCGCCGUUUGGAAGACAGCCGUUUCCACCACAUUGUAGGAGAUGA